CAAUAAUUUGGGUCUUUUCUAACUGCUGAGUGGUUUUUCUCUUGGAAUCCAUAGGGUUGGCGGAGCCAUCAGACCUUUUCCCUCGGUUUGAUUGAAAUUGGACAAAUGGUUGAGAGAGGAUGGACGGGGCGGGGAAAUGGGGCUGGCAGGCAGGCGGAGAGGAGGAUAGACAGAGUGAGGCGGAUACGCCUUGUUUCCGUAGGAAAUUAGGAAAUUUCCUUAGGAAGUCACACUGUCCUGUCACUUAUUAAUUUUACUUUUUUUGUAUAUGUUUUUUGCUAGUUAUGGAGACAAAAGGAUACCACAGCUACCCAGAAGGCUUAGAUAUGGAGAGACGGUGGGGUCAAGUUUCUCAGUCUGUGGAGUAUUCUUCUAUAGGUGCUGGGGAGCAGACUGAUGACAGUAACUACAUGGAGGUUGUAAACGUGAGCUGCGCUGGCGGCGCUUUUGCGAACAGCAGCGCUCAAGGCAACGGCAAAGACAAACCUGAGCUACUCUCCUGCCUGCAGCAAGACAGCAGUCAGCCUGGUCUCUUGCCCUCCGACAUCAAAACCGAAACGGAGUCGAAGGAGCUGUCGGCAACGGUGGCCGAAUCCAUGGGUUUAUAUAUGGAUUCCAUACGAGACGCCGAUUACCCCUACGAUCAGCAGAACCAGGGGAGCCCGGGAAAGAUCUACCAGAACGUGGAGCAGCUGGUGAAGCUCUACAAGGAGAACGGCCAUUGCUCUUCUCCCCUUCAUGGCACCAACAGGCCCUUGAGGUCUUUGAUGUCGGACUCUGGGAACGCUGUGAACGGCGGUGCCAUGCAUGCUAUCGUCAAAAGCCCGAUCAUGUGUCAAGAGAAGAGCCCUUCGGGCUGCAGCCCGCAGAACAUGGCUUCCUCGGUGUGUAGUCCUGCGGGAGUUAACUCUGUGUCCUCAACUACUGCGAACUUUGGGAACUUUGCUGUCCACAGCCCCAUCGGCCAGGGCACCCCUCUGUCACGCUCGCCAAACGUUGAAAACCGGGGGUCUAUGUUGCACAGUCCCGCGCACGUUAGCAACGUCGGGUCUCCGCUUUCUAGCCCUAUAAGUAGCAUGAAAUCGCCGAUUUCUAGUCCUCCCAGUCAUUGCAGCGUGAAAUCUCCCGUCUCGAGUCCCAGUAAUAUCACUAUGCGAUCUUCUGUGUCCAGUCCUGCGAACCUGAACUCGAGGAGCUCCAUUGCCAGCCCUUCCAAUGCCAAUAAUAGGUCUACCCGGUCUAGUCCAGCGGUUAGCACUGUGGGAUCGUCCAUCUGUAGCCCCAUAAACAACUCCCUAGGAUUCCCGGCUUCUGGCACGUCGGCGGGUCCUAGCAGAAGCCAAGAUACCGUUCCCAGUCCAGAAACGAAAGACAAGGGUGCUCAAGAACUCACGUUUCCUAAGAUGGAGGAAAUGGAGAGUGCCAUCUCCAACAGCAGUCAGAUGAACCUCGUUCAGUUCAUAAAACCGGAGCCCGACGGUUCGUUCGGUGGCGCGUGCAUUGGCGACAGCAGCAAAAUAAGCUCCGAUUCCCCCUUUUCAGUACCAGUGAAGCAAGAGUCGGCCAAGCAUCCUUGUUCUGGUGCCUCUUUUAAAGGGAAUCAAACAGUAAACCCUUUCCCAUUUACAGAUGGCUCAUAUUUUUCUUUUAUGGAUGACAAAGACUAUUACUCUCUUUCUGGGAUUUUAGGACCACCUGUUUCUUCGUUCGAUGGAAGUUGCGAAGGUAGCGGUUUUCCAAAUCCAGGCCUACGUGUGGGAAUUAAGCAGGAGCCUGACGAUGGCAGCUAUUACCAAGAAAACAGUAUACCAUCCUCUGCCAUUGUGGGUGUAAAUUCAGGUGGACAGUCGUUUCACUACAGGAUCGGUGCCCAAGGCACGAUAUCGUUGUCGCGGCCGGUUGCUCGAGAACAGGCGUUUCAGCACUUGAGCUCCUUCCCUCCCGUCAGCACGCUAGUGGAGACCUGGAAGUCACAUUCGGAGUUGGCAUCCAGAAGAAGUGAUGGGUAUCCAGUUCUAGAGUACAUUCCAGAAAACGUGUCCAGCUCUUCAUUGAGAAGUGUAUCAACUGGAUCUUCAAGACCUUCCAAAGUGUGUUUGGUGUGCGGAGACGAGGCAUCUGGAUGUCAUUAUGGGGUGGUUACAUGUGGCAGCUGUAAAGUUUUCUUCAAGAGAGCAGUAGAAGGACAGCACAAUUACCUGUGUGCGGGAAGGAAUGACUGCAUAAUUGAUAAGAUUCGGAGGAAGAACUGCCCAGCCUGUCGAUUACAGAAAUGUCUGCAAGCUGGAAUGAAUUUAGGAGCUCGGAAGUCCAAAAAGUUGGGGAAAUUGAAAGGGAUGCAUGAGGAGCAGCCACAGCAGCGGCAGCAGCCACCACCCCAGAGCCCUGAGGAAGGGACGACGUACAUCGCACCCGUGACUGAGCCCUCAGUAAACACAGCACUUGUCCCCCACAUGUCUGCUAUCUCACCAGCACUUACUCCCUCUCCUGUUAAGAUCCUUGAAAGCAUUGAACCGGAGAUUGUCUACGCGGGAUAUGACAGUUCGAAGCCAGACACUGCAGAGUACCUGCUUUCCACCUUAAACCGCCUGGCUGGCAAGCAGAUGAUUCAGGUGGUGAAGUGGGCAAAGAUACUUCCAGGAUUUAGAAACUUGCCUCUCGAGGACCAAAUUACUUUAAUUCAGUAUUCGUGGAUGUGUCUGUCAUCGUUUGCCUUGAGUUGGAGAUCGUACAAACAUACAAACAGCCAGUUCCUCUAUUUUGCUCCAGACCUGAUCUUCGAUGAGGAACGGAUGCGCCAGUCUGCUAUGUUUGAACUGUGCCAGGGGAUGCACCAGAUCAGUCUGCAGUUUGUUCGCUUGCAGCUUAGCUUUGAGGAGUACACUAUAAUGAAAGUUUUGCUGCUGUUAAGCACAGUUCCCAAGGAUGGUCUCAAAAGCCAAGCUGCAUUUGAAGAAAUGAGGGCAAAUUACAUUAAAGAACUAAAGAAGAUGGUAACUAAAUGUCCAAGUAACUCUGGGCAAAGCUGGCAGAGAUUCUACCAACUGACUAAACUUCUUGACUCCAUGCAUGAUCUUGUUAGCGACUUAUUGGAAUUCUGCUUCUACACCUUCCGAGAGUCUCAGGCACUGAAAGUAGAGUUUCCAGCCAUGCUGGUGGAAAUCAUCAGUGACCAGCUACCAAAGGUGGAAUCUGGGAAUGCCAAGCCCCUGUACUUUCACAGGAAGUGAUAGAAAAUGUCUUAAAUGGAAGAACUUUGCCUUAAGUUUCCCUGUGUUAUUCCACACCCAUGAAGGACCCAAGAAACCAUAUUUUAAACAUGCUCUUUACACUUGUUCAGCAGUCUCUGAAUAGUCUAAAAUCAUAUGAAGGGUUUGGGGAAUGGAAAGCAGUUGACUUGGAUUUGGCAAGACCUAGAUGUUUGGAAAUUACCCCGUAACCCUCAAACGCUUAGAAAAUGUUCCUGUUCCUCUGGAUGAAAAGCCAUAUCUAGUCAAUAACUCUUUUGAUUUUGAUAUUUUAACAGAUGGAGUUUUAAAUAUGCCAUGUAGUUUCUGGUAUUGUUUGCUUGUUUUAAAAGGGUUCGAGAACUAAUGAGAACUUUUUAAAGCUUACCCUUGGUUUGCACAUAAAAACGUAAAGUCAAUAUGGGGCAUUAAUAUUCUUUUCUUG